UUCUGUCUUUCUCCUUAAAAGUCUACAAAACCAAGCUGCUUCGAAUAGAAGAAAAAGAUGAUAAUGUUAUCUAUUUCAUGGAAGUUCUAGAAGUUAUUAAAAGAGGCACUGACCGAAAUCCAAAAGCAAACGCCCGCCAGUAUGUAAGUCAAAGGAAAUGCCAGGAGUCUCUGAAUUUGAAGCUGGACAAUAAUUAUCUGGUCUGGGGUCUCAGCAGUGACUUGUGGCCUAUGAAAGAUGACUUUUCCUACCUCAUUACAAGGAACACUUGGAUCGAGAGAUGGCCGGAUGAAGAUGAAUGCCAGGAUGAUGAAUUCCAGGCUUUGUGCGAUGACUUUGCUCAGUUGUCCGAAACACUGACAGUUUUUGGCUGUCCUAAUUAAAGUUUAGAAGAAUCAAUGAUAGGAAGAAAAUUCUCAGAAGGCAGAUUUUUGAGCCAAUACAAAUACGUUAUUUUACCUCUUGAUUUUUUAGUUUUUCUAUCAUUUUGCUCUGCUUUUCAAAAUCGUUUAUACAUAAAAUAAAUAAUUGUGUUAUUA